AUGACUACGUUUUCCGGUCAAUUACAGCUUCUACUUGAGCAACAACAGCAGUGUUUCAAAAAUAGCCAGUUGAAUUUUUUAGGAAAUUUACGCACACUGUUGGUAAAUUUUCCAUGUUUCGGAAAUGCAACAGAAGUUGAUAAGUUCAUUUCUAAUCUGCAGACUGAUCUGGAAAACAACUGCAGAACAUAUGAAGCUGCCUAUAAAAGCCUCUGUGAAUCCCGGACGACCAAUGAUGUAAACGAGAAAGUCAUUCAUGAUCCGCCCAGUUGUCCAGAAAUGUCAAAUUCCGAAACAUUCCCUGUCGUGGGUUCAAAUCCCACUGUUCCUGAAACGGGUACAGACAGUGAUGUAUCCAACUCACAGGAAGAUCUCUCAUUAAAUGUUCAUAAAUUAAUUGCAGUACCCGCCCACAACGGAACAGGGAACAAAUCGUGCAGUACACUGAAUCCAGCUGUUUCAAAUGGUCCUCAUCAUUCAACAACAGGAGAUUCGUCAGAAUCUUAUUAUCUAGAUCCUGUUGUACCAGAAAAUGUGUUAAAUGCACCAAACGAUGAUCAGAAGUUUAAUAUAAUUUUGAUAGAUGUUAAUUAUCCCAGUGA